AUGGGCUCCUCCGUUGAUGGGCUACCCUCUGCAGAACACCCCGACCUGGUCCUGACAGAGUCAACCAAGGCUGAGCUGCAACAUGUCUGGGGCCUCCAUCAUCCCAUGUGGGGACCUGCGCUUAGGAUAGAGGACUAUCUUUCGCGGGAGGAGUUCCUGAUGACGGUGCCGCUCGCCAAAAAUGGAGGAGUCACCCAUUGGAUUCUCACAGACAAGAAUUCUGCUCCAGAUAAUCGACCAAUUUACGCAAGCUGCGAGUCGCUGCGCAAGCGGGCCCUCGCCAGCCGGCUUGGACCAGACGGCCCGGUCGUGCAGGAUGGCAUAGCGCACGGGAUCGCCUCGGUCUUCACCAACCCCCAAUACCGCGGCAAGGGCUAUGCGUCGCGGAUGAUGAAGGAAUUAGGGCCGAAGCUGGCGGAGUGGUCGGAGGGGAGGAAAGACCCCAAGGCGGAGGAGAAUGGAGUCACGCGCUCGCUAUUCUCAGUGCUGUACUCUGACAUUGGCAAGAACUUCUACGCCAAGAACGGCUGGGCAGCAUUCGAGAGCACCCAUCUUUGUUUCAAACCGGUUGCGGGGGCGGCUGAGGCCUCGCCGUCAAAGGCAAAGCCACUGGGCUACCAUGACAUCGCCAUCCUGAGUCACUUGGACGAGAAUCUCCUCCGGGGGAAGAUGCUGCAGCAGGCAAAGGGUCUUGCCUCGGGUGACAAGAAGGUAUGUGCAGCGAUUGCACCGGAGCUCGAUCAGAUUCUUUGGCAUUUGAUGCGGGAGGACUUCAUGACGAAGCAUAUUUUCCACAAGACACCUGAGGUCAGGGGAGCCUUAUUCGGCGAGCCGGGGAAGAGAAUUUGGGCGGUGUGGACGAGAGGUUACUACGGUGGUCUAGACAAGAUCGAGGGCAACACAUUCCACAUCCUCAGAUUUGCAGUGGAGGACGAGACAAGCCCAGACGACUACGUCGCUGAGGGGUUCAGGGCUAUCAUUCAGAUCGCGCAGGCCGAGGCUGCCGAGUGGCGGUCGUUCGACAUACAGAUGUGGAACCCGUCGCCGCUCUUGAAGAAGGCAGCGGAGAAGAGCGGCAUUGAGUAUGAGCUUGUUGACAGGGAGAAGGACAGCAUCGCGAGCCUCAUGUGGUAUGGCGACGAGCCAACGGCGGAGGUGGACUGGGUCGCGAACGAGAAGUUUGCAUGGUGUUAG